AUGCUGAUUGGCCCGGUCGAGGUCGGUUCUAUCUUUAUUGCCAUCUGUUGUUGGAAAAGUCGCAUUGACACCAUGCAGGAGCAAGUAGACAGUUUAGUCACUCAGGUGGCAUUAAUGAAGAGAAGUAGUAAUGACAACCUACCUUUUCGAACACCAAAACCUCAAUUCCACCUCAGCAAAGACGAUUCAGGCUAUAGCAAUCAUCAUGGGUUACCUGCUGGUAACUCACCAUCAGGGAUGCAUGCAGAAAUGGACUUUAUCUCUCGUGGGCUUUUCACUCUCCUAGAAUGUGAAGAGCGUUUGGCAAAGUUUCGCUUGCAUAAGAUGCCCCUGUUUCCCUUCGUCAUGAUCCCCACUCAGCUGGGUGUUCCAACACUUCGGCAGCAAUCUCCCUUUCUCCUGCUGUGCAUCGUGACCGCCUGCCUGGAGCACAAACCAUCGUUACAACUAAAGAUGGAACAAGAAGUCAGGAGGUCCAUCGCCACUCGCUUGGUAGCCAACUUGGAGAGGAGCUUGGAUCUGCUCUUAGGACUUUUGGUCCAUGUUGCCUGGAGUUAUUAUCACUGGCCUAUCUGUGAUUCCCGGUGUUCUAUGUUUCUGCAAAUGGCGGUCAUGAUUGUUGGGGAUCUAGGCCUGGACAAAGGAGACUUAAAGAUGCAGGCUUCUCCGUUUAACAGCCAGGUUGCUAACCAGGUAGAGAUUGAUAGCGCUUGCUGGACCUCGGCGGCACAGCGGGCUCUUCUCGGAUGCUAUUAUCUUUCUUCGAGGUCACUGUUCUUUCGAGGACAGCUAGUCAUGAAAUAUACUGAUUGGGUUAAAAGGUGCACUGAGAUGCUUGAACUAAAGGCAGAAUACCCUACCGAUGUAGUGCUCGGGGUAUAUACAAAGGAGUAUACACGCUUCAGGACUGAUUGGUCGCCUGUUGGGAAGCAUUUCUUGGGAGCAGAUGAGAGCAUGGCCUGGUGGAAGCUAUCUGACUCCCUCGCACUGCAACAAAAGCAUACAGAGGAACUUCUCCGUAACCAAAAUCUCUGGGACAACCGGGCUGUGCGCCUAGAGCUUAGUGCAACAUCAAUACUAGUUCUUGGACGGCACCACUGCACUCCCUACUGUGAUCUACAGCAGCUUCAAGCAUUAUCCUCGUCAGCAUACAAUACUAUCAACAUGUUUCUUGCAAUACCAUUACCAGCGCUCGUUCACCUGCCUGCUUCAUCAUACAAUAUGUUUUGGUACAGCCUUCUGCUUCUCUCCAAGCUUCACCUGCUAUUCCAUGCGCAGUUUGACAACCCUGGAAUCCAAAGACAUGACAUACACACCCUCGGACUUGCCCUGAUAUUGAGAAGCAUGUUGGUUUGGCUGGAGAAUACAACGUGUGAGCAGCAGCAAGGGAAGAUUGACCUCUCAACACAGGGAUCAGUAUAUGAGCACAAAAGUACUAGGUUGCAUCAUCUCGGUCCCAAUGCUUUGCGGGGGCACGCAAAAGAAGUGACAAGUAGCCGAACUGGAAGUGAAAGAGAAGAUCGCGAGAUGACUUUGUGGGAGAAUAUGUUGGAUGAGUUUGACUGGCACGAGGACCCAUCCGGCUCCGAUAGUAAGUGA